CUUCCCUUUUCCCUAACUAUAAGUUUGGUAUGGAAACGGGCUGGUUGAAACGGACAUCAGUCAGGGGGAAAAUCGUUUUGCUAAUAUGAGUUCGGCAUCUGCCAUGCAGCUACACAUUCUGCUCGCCUCCUCUUUCGUCUGGGCUGCCAGCCACCAGCAGCCUCCCACGUACCACUUCCGUGACCCCGUGAGCCAGCAGGUGCUGGUAUGCGAGCAGUGUCCCCCCGGCACGGCGGUGCGGAGCCACUGCAGACCGGGCCGGCCCACGGAGUGUGCACCGUGCCCGGCCAGCCACUUCUCCGAACACUGGCACUGGGGAGAUUCGUGCCGGCACUGCACGGCUGUCUGCAAGGAACGCCAGCUGGUCGAGAGGGAGUGCAACGGCACGCACGACCGGCUCUGCAAAUGUGUGCCAGGGCACCACCUAGAGGUGGAAUUCUGUGUGCGACACUCAGCCUGCCCCCCCGGGUCUGGGGUGGUCCUGCCUGGCUCUCCGGAGCGGAACACUGUUUGUGAGAAGUGUCCCAAGGGAUAUUUUUCCAGCGUGGCCUCGGCUGUGGAGGCCUGCAUCCCGCACCAGGACUGCAGUGCCCUGGGGAUGCGGACGCUGAGGGUCGGGACAGCGGCCCGGGAUGCCAUGUGCGAGCGGGGAGAUGAGUGCUUCCCAGGACAUGCCAUGUGCCAUACCGGCACACUGCUGUGUGAAGAGAUCAUCUUCCAGUUCCUGGGUUCGAAGCAGCUGUCUACGCUGCAGUUGGACUCCCUGUCGGACCAGCUGCCGGGCAGGAAGGUGGACCGGCGGAGCGUGGAGCGAAUAAAGAAGGCAUGCGGUGCCCAGCAGGGGGUGCUGCUGUUGCUCAGGCUAUGGAGGGAGCAGAACCGUGAUCAGGAGAGGCUCUUCGGCAUUAUCGGAGGUGUGAGCCGCUGUCACAGGAUGUUGUCAAGAUGUGCAAGCCCCAGCAACGUCACCCCGCAGGACCUGCGGAGCGUCGCAGACAGCCUGCCGGGAAACAAGGUGGAGGACAAGGACUUCCAGCAAGUGGUGCAGUCGUGCCGGCCACGGCAGCAGCUGCUGCAGAUCCUGUACACGUGGAGGAUCCACAACAUGGAGCAGGACGUAGACAAGGCGCUGGGGCACAGCCUGCGCAGGCUGCGCAGCCGUGACGUGCCACGGAACCUGCUCAAGUCACUCAAGAAUGUCAGCAAGAUCCUUAGCGGCUUCUUCACGGAGAAGACGUACGAGAAGCUUUUCUUCGAUAUGCUCAAGGUUAGCAAGGGCCUCACGUCCCAACCUACCGAUGACUAGGCAGGAGGCAGAUGAACAGUCACCCGAUGUAAGGCUGCCUUAUGAGCUGAUCGGCACUUCGCCGUAAUAUCUCAGUGUAUAUUUGGACUGCAAAAUAAAUAAAUUAAUAAACAAACAAACAAACAACAAUAAAAAAUGGUCUAGUAAACAUGCAAUGUGGUGUUACAUUAAUGUACAUAAAACUGUAAUUUAUUUCAUUUUUUAUGUUGAUGUUUCAAAAAAUAUAUAUGACAUUAAGUUUUCGCUUAAUGGCCACUGAAAUACAAGAAUAUUUUCUCCCAGUUCAGUUUUUUAUAAUUAUUAUUAUUUAUAUCCGGACAGUUGGUACAAUUAUGUCCAUUUUGUACAAUAAACAUACUGCACUCGCCGAUUCCAGAAUAAUUUAUUUGCACAUAGCAAGUUAUUUUUACUGAGCAAAAUAUCUGUAAUUAUCAUUUACACAAUUUCAUUUUUAAUUAGAUAACUGUACAUCAGCAACAACAUAAAUUUCGACAACUCAUCAAAUUAGUUAAUAUAGGCAGAGUUCAUGACCCAUGUGUAACCAAUCUGUAUGUUUUGUAAGCAUAUAAAUGACAUUUUUAUUUCAAAAUAAAAUUGCUUCAUUGA